GUUGCUCUUCUUCUUGUCCUGCUCCGAUAACAAGUUCCUUGUUCAAAUGUUGUCAUGUCAUAGUUGAUGUCAACAGCCAAAAUCAUGAAUGUCCCAAUUGCUCAUGUUCUCACGGGGAACUCCCCGUCACGCGGGUCGCGUGAGUGCUCUCGAGGAUGCGCGGAGCAAGAUGUUUCUGCGAAAUUCGCCAUGAAGAAGGAAGAAAAAGUUGUGCAUAAUCGCCGCACGACUCGGCGACAUCAGCAAGGUCGCAAAAGAGCUGCGGGAUGCAGAAACUCGACCAGGCCGCGCUUGUUCGCCGGAACUGCAAAGCGCGUCACUGUCGCAAAAGUUCUUUCCUCUGUCUUGUUCGAAGGUACAAAGAGUAACACUUUCGUCCUCGCAGAAGAAACACAGCUCCAGCAAGCACUGCAGACGCCGCGCGAGCGAUAUCUUGGAAAAAAGCUAACGCUGUCUGGCCAGGGGACGGAGUCCUACCGGUUGUUGGAAGAGCAGGUUACCGACUUUGACAAGAUUCAUUUCCUGCCCUUCGAAACCGUGCAUGACCAGCCAACAAGCGCGUGGCUGCAAACUUCCGACACAAUGCACGAAGAGAGAGAGCACGAGUAUCUGCACAACGUGAAGCACUGGGACAGGUAUUCAUUGGUGUGAAUUGCCGAUGGCUUUUUACUGUUUGAAUUUCCACUUUGUCAUGGAAAGGCCAUCUCAAUAGUGGCGAUGUUCAUUUUGAAAAACACUAACACGAAACAGACUUUCCGACCACCACGAUGAUUUGCUGAAAAACGGUCCUCCGGCGCACGAGUCCGCGUCGCUCAUCGAGUUUUCCAAGAAAGGCGGUGGUGAGGCCCCCAAGCUGGACAAAAGUUCGUCGGAAAAAUCUGCGACAGUAGUUGCUGCAUCCACGACCAACAAAAAGGAGACUGAAACAGCGAGGAAAAACGACGACGAGAAAACCACUACCGCCACCAAAACAGGUGAGACAGUCAUCACAGACGCCAGCCCACCGCAGAAAGCGCAGGAGCAAGACGACAAGACUUCGUUUCUCGAGGUGACAGAGGAGAAACCGAGCAACGCGGAAAAAACUACUGAAAAUCUCUCUACGACUGCAUCUAGCAGCGGAAGUCCAGAGCAGUCAUCUGAGAUAUCGGAAGACGAUCUGGAUUUUGACGUCGCCCCGGAAAAUUUGGGCGCCUCGACGCUCGUAGGGUACUCCGAUGGGGCAUCAACUUCGCAAGAGUAUCCGAUGGAAGUAGGCGUAGCGGCACAAACGUUCCUCGAAACCGCAACCCCCAACAAGAUUGCGGAAACAAGAGCAGCGCAGCAGCAAGAAACGACCUCUUUGACAGGUGCUGCUGCUACCUCUGUUGCUGAAGAGGAGAAGGUAGAGAAAACAGAAUCAGAGAAGAAAGACGAUGAGCUUCGUGGCGAGAGCCAUAUCGAGUUGGAAUCGACCGUCACGUACGCUGAGCAGGACCCCGCGGCGAGAAGCAUGCUCGAAACAACGAUACCUAAAUCUUCCGAAGUAGCAGAUGAGAAGCCAAAGACAUCAGAAAACGGCAGUGUGGCCGCGGAGGAAAAUAAGACUCCAGUCGAACAAGAAAAGAAGUCAUUAGAGGACGCCAGCACCAGCCAGAUACCCGCGAGUAGCGCAAUCGAAACCACGGCUGCCACUGCUGUUGAAGGGGAGCAGACGGAAAAAAAGAGCGACGCCGCGCCAGCAUCAGAAAACAAGGAGCAGGAUGAAAACAAGUCCACACCCGCCUCCUCCGCAAUUCAAGUCGACGAGGGGAAGAAGCGGAACGGCAACCUCCGCGGCAGUAGCAAGAGUUCGGCGCUUUUGCAAGAGAAGGAAAGAGAGCAGACAGAAACGACGAGGACCAUGUUAGGCAACAUCCCGGCUUUGCUGGGCGCCGCUGUGAAGGGCGUGCCCAAUAUGAUCAACGGCAUCAUCAAUCCGACGAUCUCCAACGGUCCGCAGCUCAUUGGUACGCAAACGCCGGACGAGAAAAAAUCAGACCAGCUGGUUCCCAACCAGCUGAAAUCUGUCGGGGUGAAGUCGCCCUUCCACCAACUUUUCGGCGACGAUGUGACGGAAACUUCCACCUCCACGAUCGCGCCGCCCGUCGACCAGGAGAACCAGAAACCUCUGGUGGAUUGGGACACACUUUCGGACGAGCAGAAGUCGGAGAUGAAGCGGUUAAAUCAGGUGGUCAUCCCCGAGAACGAGAAGGUCGUCCCGUUGUCCGACCUCCGCGACCACACCAGCCAACACUUGGGGACGAUCUUCGUCGGCGCGAACAAGCAGCCCGCGAGCGUGAUCUUUGACACGGGGAGUACGAACUUGUGGGUGUUGUCGGAGCUCUGUCAGUCGACCACCUGCAAGACCGCCGAUGAGCCGAUGUACAGCAUCGAAAAAUCCGGGUCGAACGCCCACUACUUUGACAACCACGCACGGCUGGAGAUCAUGUUCGGGUCCGGGACGCUGUCGGGUCCCCAGGCGAUUGACUCGGUUUUAGUCGCGCGGCACCAGAUCCAGCGCCAGCCGUUCGCGAUGAUCGAGGAGGAAAGAGGUGGGGUUUUCGACACGCUGCGGUACGGGGGCAUCAUGGGCCUGGCGUUCGAGUCCAUGGCCGCACAGGGAAUGGUCGGCGUGAUGACGCAAGCCAUGCGGGAGAAUGUGUUUAGCGGCCACAAUCAGAUGUCCUUCUACUUCACAAGGAACCCGAAGAUUCGCAGUGGCGCGUAUUUCGGCGGGGCAAACCCGGCGCUUUACCACGGAACGCCACAGUGCUUGGACGUCGUGCACGAGCACUAUUGGCAAACUGGUAUGAGGGAUACUGUGAUUUCGGUUUUGAUGAUGCUCGAGAACCCGUAUCAGAUUUUGUGUGCAUGUACAGCAGCAUCAACCUGCAACAAUGUGAAAAAGAAAAAGUUCAGAAUUGAUCGAAAAAUAAGGGAUUCACCGCAUCGGUAUUAUGUGGGGGAAGGAUGCUGAGCCGGAGUGGAUUGACAAUUCUGCGAUGGGCCUCGAAUCUGAAGAAGCGGUUGGUAAGCCGUUGUCUGCAAUUUGGGAUACUGGCACUACGUGGAACGCGGUGCCGACCUACUUGAACAACUACUUCAUGCAGAAACUGCAGGAGAAGGGCUUCGCAAACGUGGACUGCAGCUUGGUGAAAAAGCACUACGUGGGCAGCAACCCGGACGGGUAAGUGAACGGAGUAAAGCUUUCACUGAAAUUUAUUUGGAACUUUCGAGAGUUUCGCUUUUUUUGCCUACAAUGAAUUCCAACCACCAAACAUAAAAACUCGUAAUAUCCAUGUGGAUUAACAGCGAACUUCCCUGGCUUGUGAUCGACUUCGCGGUGUUCCACGAGCGCACGCUACCGAACAAGGGGGGCAAGCCAUACCAACCGGAUGGCGUUUCGGCCGAGGAAAACUAUUUCCGAGUCAUCCAGACCCCGGACCAGUGGUUCGUCGGCGGGGGCGUUGCGGGGACCGCGUGCAAGCCUGGACUGAUGUCGAUUGACGUGCCCUCGCCGUAUUUCGUUUUUUUUUGCAAAACGUCUGUAGGCUGAUGCCUUUAAGCGAUCGCUUUUCGUUUGUUUUUUACAAUCUCCACCGUGCAGAACAAUAUUUUUCUCACACGACUACCAGAUACGGACCGAACCUGUUCAUCAUUGGGGAGAUUUUCAUGCGGCACUUUCUUGUGACGUACGACCGCGGCAGCGGGCCGGGGGAGGCCCGUGUUUGCCUAGCCCCUGUGAACGAACGUCCGAAGCUCGAGGACGCGCCGGAGUUGGAUUCCCCGAAUGUUCUGAAUCUCGUCUACUCUACGAAGGGAACCGAAGCAGCCGCGGCAAGCAGCAGCUCAUCCGCCGAGUUGGCGAAAACAAAAAACAAUGCAGUCGCGGCAGCACCAGCAGCAGCUUCUGCUACGGAAGGAGGGAGUGCGACGACGGUCAUCACAAAAUAAGUUUCACUGAUGAAGGGCGAGACGUUCCAGUUCUUUUCCUGUACGAUCACUAUAAAUACUAGAGCUUAUGAUAAGAGUUUGUCUCCACUGCAAAAACGCAGCAGUAGAGCAGCACAUGCGGACUCGCCUAAUCAUGGUGCUACAUGCUGCGCCGAAACUUAUGAAUGUAGAAUGUCGGCCGACAGUAUGCAGCAUCAGCUGUACGAUUUACAAAAUUUACGUUCUUAACUAGUCUAACGUGCAGGACCGAUGCUAAUACAGCUCGGCACCUACGUCAAUUGAACUCAGAAAACUCACCAAAGAACUCAAAUUUCUCUAUCUUCAUUUGUUUCUGCUAGAAUAGUUUAUAGCGAUAGAUUCGAAGAAUAAGACCGAUGUUGUAGUACGGCAAGAAAAACUGCAGCACAGAAUUGAUCCGACAGAAGUUUCACCUGAUGUAUCAACAAGCACCCAAUAGUUGUCGCCCAUUCUUGCUAGCGUUCCGUGCGGUAAGCCAGAACCAACUUUCUUGAGCUAAAGCAGCUGCUUGUAUGAUUGAACUUCAAAGAUUCUCCAUCUUCUACUUCUCCGGGAGAUUUUAUACUCUUGUUUGGUUUCACCCCUGUGACAAGAAAAAACGCUGUUGCGAAACGGAGCCUCGAGAUGAA